AAUAUUUGGCAUCAUAUAAACUUUUGAAAAUAAUGGAAAAUAUUGAAUAGAAAAAUGCAUAACUAUCAAUUCCUGUUUUAAAAUACUCUCAACAAUUCGAUGUUGGGACAGCACCUAGCGAAGAUUUUGUCUCCUCUCCCUGCAGAAAUAAGCUUAGAAUUGUUUUCCUCUGAAUAUUUUGAAUGUAUUAAAAAUGGACCGUAGAUGUGUUUUGCCAUUCAGGACCCGGCGGCGUGGAGCGACGUGGCCACUUUCGACCUCUCCGAGACGGCAGCGGCGCCCCAGCACGAGCAGGCCGCCUUCGCCACGCUCCUUCAGGAGAGGACCGCUAACGUUUCGCCGGGCUUCUCCCCGACUGCCGCCGCCGCCUCAUCCAAGACGUCGGCGGGCAAGAGGAGGCGAGAACGAGGCCAACCCACCGCCCUGUGCGACAGGACCUACUCGUCCUUUUUGGAAAACAUUUCCAAUUCGCCCAAGAGGACGCCCACGAAGUCGCUGCCCUUCACGCCGUCGCGGUUCUUUAACAUAUCAGCAACGGAGCAUCUCAAUUUGGAGAACCCGGCGCUUACCUCCACGCCCGUGUGCGGCCAAAAGUGUCUCCUCAGCACGCCCCGUUACAAGGAAUCCACACCCAAGCACCAGAAGGAGAACGACGGGUAAGUUGACGCGCACGUCGACGGUACCUCGACGU